AUGGUGACCUGGUCGACAGUGGUGCGGAUGCACGUCUACGCGCUCGCCGCAUGCGGCGCGUACAUUGCGUUUAUGUUUGUGCUGGGUAUCCCUGAGCUCCAGCGGCACUACCUGUUCCUGCACAAGAUCCCGUUCCCCAUAUGGCCGCGCUUCUCCGAGCCGCACCAGCAUGGAAUUGAGCCGGCCCAGGCGCGCAACAUGCACAUUACCACGUCGGACGGCGUGAAAAUCGGCAUGUGGCACCACCUGCCCGACUCGCUCUACGAGGAGGUAUCCAAGUCGAUCGACCCCGAGAACCCCGACCUGCCGGAGGAGGUGUACGAGCGCGCGCUGCGCGAGUACCCUACGUUUGUGUAUCUGCAUGGGAAUGCGAUGAACCGCGCGGCGACGUUCCGCGUGCGCACGUACAAGCACCUGUCCAAGGUGCAGAACGCCAACGUGAUUGCCAUCGACUACCGUGGCUUUGGCGACUCGGAGAGCUUCCCGACGGAGGAAGGCGUGGUCAACGACGCGUACAGCGCGGUGCAGUACGUGCGGGAAAGGUCACUCGACCCCGAGACCGGCCGCCGCCAGUCGCUCGCGAUCAUGGGCCAGAGUCUCGGCACGGGUAUUGCGGCACAGACCGCGCUGCGCCUGUACCGCGACGGCAUCCAGCUUGACGCGCUCAUCCUCCUCGCCGCCUUCAAGGCCAUCCGCCCGAUGGUCAUCGAGUUCCGCAUGGGCGGCGUCGUGCCGAUGCUUGGCUGGCUCGAGUACUUCCCAUUCCGCGAGCAGGUCAUCGAGAAGUUCUUGCACUACAGCUUCAACACGGAGGAGGCGCUUGCCGAGAUCCUUCGGGGCCAUCGCACCGAAGGCGGCAUGACGCCCCCGACGAUUCUCCUGAUGCACGCCAAGAACGACGAGGUGAUUCCGGUGUACCACGGCGACGACCUCUACGCCGGCGUCGAGACUGCAUUCGAGGCGAUGACCAAGACGUCUGCGUACCACGUGUGGGCGUCCAACGUGCCCGAUGUCGGCUUUGUGCAGUCGGUCCUGCACCGCUCCGCGCGCCUGCCCGAGUCGCGAGGCCUGCUGCCGGGCGCGCGUGCGGUCCUACCGCGCAACGCGGUGAUGACCUACAUGCGCCUGGACGAGGGUGGCCACAACCACCUCUUUGACAAGAACGCGGACCUCCUCCCGAUCAUGCUUCCUACAAAGCUGAGCGGACGUGCGCCGGCCCAUCGCGAAUAG